AUGUCAUCGACACCACCGCCGGGUCACUUCCAGAUCCUCUACUUCGCCCUGGCAUCAAGCCUUACGGGCAAGGACGCCGAACCUCUACCCGCGCCUCUCCCGCUGUCACAGCUCUUCUCCAAACUGGAAGAGCUGUACCCUGGGAUUAAGAGCCAGGUCCUCGAGUCGAGCCUCGUGACGGUCAAUAUGGAGUAUGUAGAUGUUCCGUCCCGCGGGGAAGAGGGAGAGGCGGUGCUCCAGGAGGGCGAUGAGGUGGCCAUUAUCCCGCCUGUGAGUUCUGGGUGA